GAGAUUGUGCUUACACUCUCUACCUUCAGGGGCCUUCAAAGUCAACUCUCAAAGAACAGGAGACAGACAGCCUUCUAAUGUCAACCUGAGUAUCUUGAAUGAUUUAAGUUCCAAUUUCCAUACGACUCUUCCGUAUAAAGCUGUGGUAGGAUGCGUACCACUGUAUGUGUUGUUCAGAGUGAUGCAAAAGAUUUUUCAAGAGCUUCCCGGUCUCAUUCAUAACUCGGUGGGGCCCACCUUGCCUUUUGCUUGUGCAUCCAACUCUCUAAAUAAGCCUACACCUCUCAACUUGGACUUGUCAAUUCCUUCUUUACAUGAUAUCAAAUGGAGUACUGCAAGGUUUCUUUACCUCUUCAAUAUUCAGCUUGAGAAGAACAUUGGAACGUUCCUUGUGGCGCUCCUGUUAGCAUGCAUAUCGUUUGUUAUAAUCGGGGGAUUCUUAUUUUCUCAGUUCAGGAAAGACAAUCAACCCUUAGAAGAAUGUUUCUGGGAGGCCUGGGCAUGCCUCAUUUCCUCUUCUACUCAUCUCAAGCAAAAGACACGCAUUGAAAGAGUCAUUGGAUUUGUCCUAGCCAUUUGGGGAAUAUUGUUUUAUUCUCGGCUUUUAAGCACAAUGACAGAACAAUUUCGUAAUAAUAUGCAAAAACUGAGAGAAGGGGCUCAGAUGCAAGUCCUAGAAGCUGAUCAUAUCAUAAUUUGUGGAAUAAACAGUCAUCUUCCUUUUAUACUAAAGCAACUGGACAGUUAUCAUGAACAUGCUGUCCGCUUAGGUACCGCCUCAGCUAGGAGGCAGAGACUUCUACUAAUGUCUGAUGCUCCAAGGAAACAGAUGGACAAGAUAGCUGAUGCGUACUCUAGAGAUUUUCAUCACAUUGACAUCCUUACAAAGAGUUGUAGUCUUAACAUGACGAAAUCAUUUGAGAGGGCUGCCGCAAGUAUGGCGCGUGCCAUUAUCAUACUACCAACGAAAGGUGAUCGGUACGAAGUUGAUACAGACGCUUUUCUGUCUGUAUUAGCCCUUCAACCUAUACCAAAGAUGGAAUCCAUCCCAACUAUUGUAGAGGUAUCAAGCCCAAGUACGUAUGAUCUUCUCAAGUCGAUUUCGGGACUGAAAGUGGAGCCGGUUGAAAAUGUUACGUCCAAAUUGUUUGUCCAAUGCUCACGUCAGAAGGACCUUAUAAAAAUCUACAGGCACCUUCUAAAUUACUCAAAAAAUGUAUUUAAUCUUAGCAGCUUUCCCAAUCUAGCUGGAAUAAGGUACAGACAGUUAAGACUGGGGUUCCAAGAGGUUGUGGUAUGUGGUCUUUUACGAGAUGGGAAAGUAAAUUUCCACCCUAAGGAUGACGAGAAGCUCUUGGAAACCGACAAAGUAUUGUUUAUUGCACCUCUCAAUUGGAAAAAGAAGCAACUUACAGACAUAAAAACUGAGGACAUUACAGGGGAUGACCCUGAUACUCGGAAGCAAGUGUUUGAGAAAAAACGAUCACGUCUAGCGAAGAUUAUAAUGCGGCCUCGUAAGUCCUUAUCAAAGGGGUCAGAUUCCGUCAAAGGUCCCAAGGAAUCUAUACUUUUACUUGGUUGGCGCGGAGAUGUUGUGCAUAUGGUUGAGGAGUUUGACAAUUAUCUUGGUCCAGGCAGUUCAUUGGAGAUAUUGUCGGAUGUACCAUUAGAGGAAAGAAGUAGGGUGGGUGAUAAUAUUGGUUCAAGGAAAAUCAAGAACAUCAAAGUUUCACAUAGGGUUGGGAAUCCUAUGAACUAUGAGACACUAAAAGAAACCAUAAUGCAUUUGCAAAGUAAAUAUAGGAAAGGCAAAUAUGUUCCUCUGACCAUCCUUGUAAUAUCGGAUCGAGACUGGCUACUCGGAGAUCCAUCUCGAGCAGACAAACAAUCCGCAUACUCUCUUCUCCUUGCCGAAAGCAUCUGUAACAAGCUUGGAGUUAAGGUACAAAAUCUAGCUGCUGAAAUCGUUGACUCAAAACUUGGCAAGCAGAUAACCGGAAUCAAGCGGUCCCUAACAUUUAUAGCAGCAGAGGAAGUGAUGAGCCUUGUAACAGCACAAGUUGCUGAAAACAGCGAACUAAACGAGGUGUGGAAAGACAUUCUAAACGCAGAAGGUGAUGAGAUAUACGUGAAGGACAUUGAGCUGUACAUGAAAAAGGGUGAGAACCCUUCAUUCACCGAGCUUUCAGAGCGAGCUUGGCUAAGGAGAGAAGUCGCUAUAGGCUACAUAAAAGGCGGUAAAAAGGUAAUCAACCCGGUUCCAAAGUCAGAAGCUCUCUCCCUCGAAAGGGCAGACUCAUUGAUUGUUAUAUCAGAGCUUGAAGGAGACCAACCCAUCACAUUCUAA